AUGAAGGAUGCAGAAUAUGCGGCUCGGUGUGGCAUUGAAGCUGUAAUUAUGGAGCGAAUAAAAGCAAACCUGGCUUGUGACAAGGCUUUGAACGAGUUACCUAGACCCAAAGGUGGUGUCGAACAGUCUGAAAAAGAAUCUUCUUCCAAAGAAGUCAAACCAUCAAGUGACACGGCCGAGAAUAAAGCAUCGAAUACUGUGCUUGAUGACGGAUGUGACAAUGAUGCUUCGACCAGCCCCGAUACAUCUCCAUCCAGGUUUUUUCCUCUUGGACACACACCCCUCAAACCAUCAAGCAUUAUAAGAUGCUAG